CUGUGAUCUUUUCGUCAUGACGUCUACGAAGGCAGCGUUCACGUUCCCCGAGCACUACGGCUUCCCCCCAUUCUUCACGCUUCAGCCAGUUCGGUCGACGCGCGAAAAGCAGUUGAUCUUAUGGAAGGCGCUUGUGUUGGAUUACCACAAGUCGAUGAACCAGCCUGUGCUGACGCCGAAUUCAAGCCCCAUCUUUGAGAACCAACAAAUCAACCGUAAACUGUCCAUGGAGGCACGGACGGCCAUCGUCACGUAUCUCGUGCGGUGUGGGAACGCCGAGUGGGAGGACGACACCCACACGCGAUUGCGCAUUUUCUGGAAACCCCCGGCAGAAUGGGCGGCUGAAAUAUACACAUUUGCCACCGACCGCGGUAUGAUCAGCAACGUGUACACAGUGUACGAACUCCAUUCAGGCGAAGAAACGCAGGGCGCAAGUACGUGCGCCUUGGAUUUUCAAGAUUGUGUCUCAUGCUGCCUUAGGUUUCUAUGGUUUGGAGCCGUGGCUCCUUCGCAAAGCGUUGGAGAUCUUGGAGCACGAAGCAAAGGCUGCCAUAAUCCAUGGAGACACGCCGGAAAACGAUGGUGUGAAAUUCCUGGCCACCGCAUAAGCAGUUUAAUAUAGCUAAAUCCAAUGGUGUUUUGUCCAUGUGCACAG